AUGAAUAAUCGUGACAAGUGAAAGAAAAAAUUUUUUUUUUUUAAAAACUAUUAUUCUUUUUUAUUAGUUACUUCUCGAUAGUUGAACGAACAUAUUGUCUCUUUACUUUUCAGGUAAAAAUGAAGAGGAUGGGGAAAAUUUUGCAAUUCUUUAAAUUUUUAAUUAUUUUCUUGCAUUCUGUGGAGAGUGAUUUUUCUAUAAAAUGCAAUGAUACAUCGAGGAUAAAUAAUCGUUACGUGAGCAAAAAUAAUUUCAAUUCUUUUUGUGAUAAUGAAGAAAUGAGAGGAGAUCCAAGAAUUGAACAUUGUCAAAUAAAGAGGAGAACGUGUUCCUUGAUGACUGUGGACACUGAUGAUGUCAUUGUUUUUACCGUUGCAACAAAUGAUACGGAUGGUUACAAGAGAUUUAUUAGAUCAACAAAAGUUUAUGGAUUUAAUGAUAAAGUAAAUGUUCUUGGAUUUGGAGAAAAAUGGACAGGUGGAGAUGUUCAAAGAUUUGCUGGAGGUGGACAAAAAUUGAAUCUUCUGAAAAAUGCUCUCGAAAAAUAUAAAGAGGAUACAAAUAAAAUUAUGAUCUUCACCGAUGGUUACGAUGUAAUAUUCCUGACAGAUUUGGAUAAAAUUUUGGAAAAAUUCAAAGAAUUUAAAGCACGAAUUCUCUUUGCCGCUGAGGGAAGUUGUUGGCCAGUUGCAUCACUUGCUUCUGAAUAUCCUUCAAUAUCAAGAGGAGUACGUUAUUUAAAUUCAGGAGGUUAUAUCGGUUAUGUUUCUGAUAUUUAUUCAUUAUUAGCUGAUACAAAUAUCAAAAAUGACGAUGAUGAUCAAUAUUUUUAUACAAAAAUUUACUUGGACUCUGAAUUACGAAAUAAACAUAAAAUCAAAUUGGAUCAUAAGUCGGAAAUUUUUCAAAAUCUCUACGGAGCUUUAGGUGAUGUUGAAUUAAUGUUCAAGGGAAAUGAAGCUUAUCUUCAAAAUAAAGAAUUCAAUACUGCUCCAAUGAUUCUUCAUGGUAAUGGACAAAGUAAAAUAGCAUUUAAUUAUUUAGCAAAUUAUCUUGCUAACGCCUGGAGUCCACAGGAUGGUUGCAUAAAUUGUUGGGACAAUACAAUUAAUUUAGAGGAAGAUAAACCUAAAUCUUAUCCAAUAAUAUUAAUAGCUGUAUUUAUUGUAAAGCCAAUGCCAUUUUUAGAAGAAUUUUUGAUAAAAAUUCAUCAACAAGUUUAUCCAAAGGGAAAAUUACAUUUGUUUAUUUAUAAUAAUGUUCCUUAUCAUAAACAAAUGGUUGAAAACUUCAUCAAUGAUUAUGGAAAUGAUUAUAAAAGUGUGAAACAAAUUUCACCUGAUGAUAAUAUUAAUGAGGUCAAUGCACGCGAUUUAUCAAUGGAUCGUUGUUUGGCUAAAAAAUGUUCUGGAUAUUUUUCAGUAGAUGCCGAAGCACAUUUGGAUAAUAAAGAAACAUUGAAAUUAUUGGUUGAACAACAAAGAGGAAUUGUUGCUCCAUUAUUGGUAAGACCAUUCAAGGCUUGGAGUAAUUUCUGGGGAGCACUUACUGAUGAUGGAUUUUAUGCCCGCAGUUCCGAUUACAUGCAAAUCAUUCACAAUGAACGAAGGGGACUGUGGAACGUGCCAUUUAUUAACAGCUGCUAUUUAAUUAAUUCAACCAUCAUUAGCAAUAAAAAAACGCGUCCAUCGUAUCAUCACACAUUAAAACAUACAAAAGAGGAACUUGAUCCGGAUAUGGCUUUUGCUUUGAAUAAUAGACUGAAUGAUGUAUUUAUGUACAUCAGCAAUAGAUUAGAUUUUGGACAUUUAAUUAAUCCUGAGACAUUUAAUAUAUUGCGCACCAAUCCUGAUAUGUAUCAAAUUAUUGAUAACAAAAUUGAUUGGGAAAUGAGAUAUAUACACGAGAAUUAUUUUGAAAAUUUUGAAACUGAUGUAAAACCCAUGCAGCCCUGUCCUGAUGUUUUUUGGUUUCCUAUUGUCAAUACCAGAAUGACGAAAGAACUGAUUGAAAUAAUGGAGAAUUAUGGAAAAUGGUCCGAUGGUUCGAAUCAGGAUUCAAGAUUAAAAGAUGGUUAUGAAAAUGUACCAACGCGUGAUAUUCAUAUGAAUCAAGUGAAUUAUGAGUCACAAUGGCUUUAUUUUCUGAAGGAGUAUGUCAGACCUUUACAGGAGCUUGUAUUCAUCGGCUACUAUCACGAUCCUCCGAGAUCAUUGAUGAAUUUUGUUGUUCGUUAUAAACCUGAAGAACAACCGUCAUUGAGACCACAUCACGACAGUUCGACAUAUACAAUUAAUAUCGCUUUAAAUCGUGCCGGCAUUGAUUACGAGGGCGGUGGUUGCAGAUUUAUUCGUUACAAUUGUUCAGUGAAAGAUACAAAACCCGGAUGGAUGUUGAUGCAUCCUGGAAGAUUGACACAUUUUCAUGAAGGUUUGACUGUGACAAAAGGAACACGUUAUAUAAUGAUUUCCUUUAUUGAUCCUUGAAACAAAAAAAAAAGAAAUUCAUUUUAAGAGAGCAAAAGCACUGUUAAAUUAAUUCUAAAACAAAACAAAAAAAAUAUAUAUAAGAAUUUUUUUUUUUAAUUUUUAUUGAAAGCAAAUUUGUAAUUUAAAUUUAGCAAUUUUUUAAGAAAUCCGAAAAAAAUGAUUUUUUAAUUUCUCUUAAUUUUGUAGAAAAUUUUUUUUUUGUAUUUGAUUUAAAAUGGCAAUUUCUUUUUUCGAAAAAAAAUUGAUAUAUAUGAAAUAAAUUUUUAAAAAUAUUAAUAUUUACAAAUUUUAAAAUAAAAAUGUGAUUUAAAUAUUAAA